UUUGCGUGUAGUGCCGCGCUCGAUAUUUUUUCAGUCUCAACCUUCAAUUUCCAACCUAGAUCGAUUCAGUUACUCGAGUAAAUAGUCUGUUUACGUGCACCAUCAUUUAACUACAAAAAAUGGAACAGUUGUUAAGAUAUUUAGAACCUGUAAAAGGCAACGAAACACACCUCCGGUGUGCAAGGUGUCUGGGUCAACCGACUUACCGCUUUGGCUACCCAAAGGGUCAAGCGUAUAGAGGAUGUAAAUAUCAUUUAAAGAGAAGGCACGGGAUUGAAAUUCAAACUCGUCCAGCAGCGUCACCCCCACCUGCACCAGCGUCGACCCCACAGGGCAGGCCAAACCUGCUCCUGAACACAAGCGGCUUAGCGCCCCCACCCGCACCAGCGUCGACCUCACAGGACAGGCCAAACCUGCUCCUGAACACAAGCGGCUUAGCGCCUUUGUCCCCGCCAUCGAAAAAAGCGAAGGCUGGCAUUAUCAAGCGGUUGGUUUCAACAAAAGUGGAUUCUACGUCGACGGACGCACAUCCCCAGCUAGGCGGUCGUCAUGUUGCGUUCUCCCUGUCGCCGAUUCGGCCCGAUGAGGGCCACAUAGCGAGGAACGCCUACAAAACACCACACACCCGUCCUCGCGCCCAGAUCAAACCAGCCCACAAGACGAACGCUGGCACCCAAGGACCGAAGGAUGCAGCACGGCCAUCCAACAUGGCCGCAUCGGCUGGCAAUCUUGUGCCCACCAGCCAAGCUAGCACAUCAGACACAUCCACAAGCGAACAGAAAUAUACCGUUGAAGACCACAGACCGACCACCAGCACGCCAGCAGGUGCAAAAGGGCCCGCUAACUUGUCCGUGAGGCAUCUGUUCGAGCUGAUGGACAAGCAUUCGCACAAAACGACACCGGCUGUGCCAACCACCAACGUUGCCAAUCAAAACCUCAACUAUAUUGGUUACGAUGCCGGAUUUGCGCACUUUUUAGAUCUGUUGAACCGAGGAAGUCUUGAGCGACGCUUUCGGCGUCUGACGUAAUGAAUAAUUACGAACUAGGCCAAAGCCACGCCAGGGAUUUGCAGGUGCUACUGCAUGGACAAGCGAACGCAUCAUCGUCGCCGCCACCGGAAUUGACCCGAGACGGACCGUUGCAAACGAAUCGAACAGAGCCGCCGAUGGUCAUGAUGACGUCACUGCCCGAUAGAGUCCAAUUGCCACCGCAGCCGCCGACAACGCCAUCCGUUGAGAUCUGGGAGGAGUCGAUGAUCUCGCCCAGUCCAGAAGACCAGCCGCCGAUACCGGUAACGCCACAUCGUGAUCAGACACCGAAUAAGAAGGAGCCGCCGCACAGGCCACACGCCCGCCCAAGUUCCCCGACGCCGAAGCCUAAACGGUGGAUUCCACGACAUGCUGUCGAAAUGGAAUACAAAUCUUUGCGCAAAACGCUCAGCUCGAUGGCAGUUGAAGCUGGCAAAAAAGGCCCAGGAACAGUCCAAGGCCGUAAAGCUGCAAUUUCACUGCCUCCGAGGGGUGCUAAUGGAAACGCGGUAUACAAAGUUUUUCCAUUUCGACGACACACCAUCUGUAGCGCCAGCGAACAAAACGAGGAGCCUGGCAUCCGAGUCUCUGGCUCGUUCCCAUUUGGGAACUUUCGAGGGCGGCUCAUCUACUAAGGCGAUCCAGCCGGCGAUCCCUCCGGAUGAAAUGGUUGAAAAACGUAUGGUCCCGCUGACCAACGUUAAGCGACGGAUGCAACUAGCGCUGGGAGAUGGAAUUAAAUUUUCCAAUGAGGCAGCAACAAAGAUGAGGGCUUUUGUUAAUUAGAUUAUUAUCCACCGGUGUCUACCGCGGUAAAUGAAAUACUUCAUUUUAACAUUUCCAGAUACAUUUUCGUGUACCAUGUUUUGUCCAGGAAGGUGCUGUGUCCUAUCCCUCGCCUAGACCAGACCAAAAUCCAUGAUAAAG